GCACUCACCUUUAAUAGGGUCAGGAUUUUUUGCGACAGAUCAUAGUCGAAAUUCUGGUACUUGCUGUCCGACAUGUCGUAGAUGAACACUAGGCCAUGCUUCUGAGUUUCCUUGCUUUCCAAUGCGGCGUCCAGUUGGAUUAAAAUGGCUCCCAACGCUGCACGGAGCCUCAAACCUAUACACACAUGUAAAUAGUGCAUCUGAGGGUGAGGCAUCGUUGCAUGUACACUGUGUACACCUAUACAGAACACUGUACAUAUACACAACUAAACUACGUCAACAUACGAAACUAACCUAAAAGUGCAGCUUGUUUUGACUGAAAGCGUCAAUCAGCAAUUUGCAUAAACACUUUGAUCUUCAAAUAAAUAGUUUUGAAAAUGCCAAAAGUAGUUUCAAGAAGUAUAGUGUGUUCUGAUACUAAGGAUCAAGAAGAAUAUAGCGAAGAAAAACCACUACACACGUAUUAUUGUUUAUGUGGCCAAAUGACACUCAUUUUAGAUUGUGCAUUAGAAAAACUGCCACUUCGCAAAAGAGAUGGUGCCAGAAUUAUUGAUGGCAGUAAACAUGCUCACAAAAUGACUUGUGAACAGGAUGAAGUAUCUUACUUGAAGAGGCCUGAAGGUAUUGAGAAACAACACAGAAAAAAAUGUAAAAAAUGUGGUCUACUGCUCUAUUACAAACAUGAUAACUCUCCAAAUGUUGUGUUUAUUGUCAAGGGUUCCAUUGUAAAAAGUUCUGGAGAAGGUCCUAUGACCAAUAUCUAUAACCAAGUAGAUGUUGAGAAACCAAAGAAAGUCAUGGUUACUAAACACACAAAAAACAUGGGAAAAUUCAGUUCUGUUACAGUUUCUACUAUUGACGAGGAAGAAGAUGAAAUAGAAGCAAGGGAAGUUGCAGACUCUUAUGCCAACAAUGCUAGAAUCAUUGAAAAACAAUUGGAAAGGAAAGGUAUGAAUAAAAGGAAGUUAAUGCCUCCUCCAAUUACAGAUGUAAAGAAGACCAGAGGAACCUUAUUGGAUGUAUAAUUGACUGUGGUUUCGUGCUUUUUAUAAUGCAGUUAUAAAUAAAUUAAUUUUUGUACAUUUUUUAAACAUUUUGGAAUAUUUAUUAACAUUACAUAAAAGUAAAUAUUAAAAUUAUAAAAUAUAUAUCGCAAUGACUAGAUAUAAAUAUUG